CUUUUCUAUAAGAAUCCUCAAAAAUCACAUCUCAAACACAAAUCAAACAAAUUCCAAGAAAAACUACUAAAAAUUUCAUUCAACAAAAUGUCAAGUGAAGUAGUCAAGAAAGAAGACUCUCUAAAUGUGAAAAUCACUAGCAAAAGCUAUGUGAAACCUGAGGAAAAAAUUGGGAAAAAAGAGUAUCAAUUGGUCACAUUUGACCUACCUUACUUAGCUUUUUACUACAACCAAAAAUUAAUUUUUUACAAAGGAGGUAACUUUGAAGAAAAUGUUGAGAAACUCAAAAAUGGGCUUAGUGUAGUUUUGAAGGAGUUUCAUCAACUAGCUGGUAAAUUAAGUAAAGAUGAAGAGGGUGUGUUUUUUGUUGAAUAUGAUGAUGACUUGGUUGGUGUUGAAGUUGUUGAAGCUGUUGCUGAUGAAAUUGGUGUUGAAGAUCUAACUGUUGCUGAAAGUAGUGCCAUUUUGAAGGAAUUGAUUCCUUAUAGUGGAAUCUUGAAUUUGGAAGGCAUGCAUAGACCCUUGUUGGCUGUUCAGCUAACAAAGCUCAAAGAUGGGCUCGCAAUGGGCUUGGCUUUUAACCAUGCUGUCCUUGAUGGAACAUCCACGUGGCACUUCAUGACUUCAUGGGCCGAGAUAUGCAGUGGUGGACCGAUCACAACAGCCCAACCAUUCUUGGAACGAACUAAGGCUCGAAACACACGCGUGAAGCUUGACCUCUCCCUACCCGAGCCCAAAGGCCCACCACCAUCAGCCAAUGGUGAGGUAAAGGUUGAACACAAAGGCCCAGCACCAUCGGCCAAUGGUGAGGCAAAGGUUGAACCUGAAGGCCCACCACCAUCGGUCAACGGUGAGAAAAGGCCCAUACUGCGAGAAAAAAUCUUCAAAUUUUCUGAGUCAGCCAUCGACAAAAUCAAGUCAACAGUCAACCAAACCCUUCCAUCGGACGGUUCAAAACCAUUCUCAACAUUUCAGGCUCUCUCCACUCAUAUUUGGCGCCACGUGAGCCUUGCACGUGACCUAAAACCCGAAGACUACACAGUGUUCACAGUCUUCGCAGAUUGUAGAAAACGAGUGAACCCACCAAUGCCAGAGGCAUACUUUGGAAACCUAAUUCAAGCUAUAUUCACCGUCACGGCUGCUGGCCUUUUGGCGGCCCACCCUCCACAAUUCGGUGCUUCUUUGAUCCAAAAGGUUAUUGAAGGCCAUGAUGCUAAAGCUAUUGAUGAACGUAACAAAGAGUGGGAGAGUGCACCCAAGAUUUUUCAAUUCAAAGAUGCUGGUAUCAAUUGUGUUGCAGUUGGAAGUUCACCUAGGUUUAAGGUUUAUGACAUUGAUUUUGGGUUUGGGAAGCCAGAGAUUGUGAGAAGUGGGACCAAUAACAAAUUUGAUGGAAUGAUUUAUUUGUAUCCAGGGAAGAGUGGAGGGAGGAGCAUUGAUGUUGAAUUAACAUUAGAGCCUGAGGCUAUGGGAAGGUUGGAGCAAGAUAAGGAAUUUCUUAUGGAAGUAUAAUUUAAACUAGCAAGAAUUUGUGCAAUAAAAGUUGGGUAUUGAUGGAAUUUGGAAGUUCUACUUUUUAGAUUGUUGAAGGGAUUAUUCUUCAAAAAUAUUAUGUUUAGGUAUAUUUGAUUUGAUAUAAUGUUGUGUGUUGCUUGAUAGGUUUUUGUAUUUGGUUUGGUGGUUGUAUGCUUUGAUUGAAUUUGAACUUAGUAAUAAUGUUUGGAUAUGUUAUCGACAAUUUCAUAGUUUAUCUUAAUAAUAGAGUGCACCUUCUUUAUGAAUAUAA